UCAUUUAUUCGCCAAUCGCAUUUUGCGCCCGAAAUUUUGUAUCAACGUUGUGGCUUAUUUAUUUUCAGUUUAAUGCAAUUUUCGGGUGAAAUAUAAGGAGAAAUCUAUAAUAAAGUAAAUCAAUUUUGUUUACGCAUUAAUAGCAAACAGCAGGAAUCUAGGCAAUACUGGAUACAAGCUGGUAAUUUAGAACUUUUGGUCAGAAGCGAAUCGCAAGAUCUCUGCGAGAGCAAUACAUCUCUGUAAUCAAGCUCCACAUUUACCGCCAUGGCGCAUAUACAUGACUUCGAGGAACUAGUAUUGGAUGCACUUGAUGUAGUGGAAUUUAAAUUGAUACGACGCAAACAAGACUUGGAAGAUGAUAGUCUUGUAUUCCACCCCCAGAUGGCACAUCAAAUAUUUGGCGAAUCGGAGAGCAUAUUCGGUUAUAAGGACUUGCUUGUGCGAAUACUAUACACAGCAGGACCACUGCACAUUUACAUUGGCAUCGAAUAUAGCAGCCGGGUUGAUGAGCUAUCAGGCGGGGCAUUAAAAGCGGAUAAUGUCGUGAAAACAAUAGCAGAGAAAUUGCCUGACGGCUGUUUCUUCAUCAAUAUGGAUGAAUUUUUAAAGACACUCGACAAAGCAGAUAAAUUUCAACCUUUCGGCGAAAAGUUGUCUGAACACAAAGUAAGCGAUGCGCAAGGAAAGGAGCGUUUGUUCGAAAUAUAUCACAGUGAUUAUAAAGCACCGGCAUUCUUGAAAUUCUUCGGACGUUUACAAACCUUCAUACUCUGGUUUGUUGAUGCAGCGUCCUAUAUUGAUGUGGAUGAUACGCAGUGGAGUUUCUUUAUUUGCUAUGAGAAGUAUAAAAAUGAUAAUGGCGACUACCAGUACGCCACCGCUGGCUACACCACUGUAUACGAGUACUAUGCAUAUCCGCAACAUAUACGGCCACGCAUCAGUCAAGUUCUGGUGCUACCACCAUUCCAAAAGCUCAGCAUUGGCACGCGAUUCGUUGAAAGUAUUUAUAAACAUUACCAGUCACAAAAAAAUGUUAUUGAUAUGACAGUGGAAGACCCAUCCGAUGAUUUUCAGCGUUUACGCAAUUUUGUAGAUGCACGUUUAUGCAUGAGAUUGAAAAGCUUUGCACCCGAUGAAAUUAAAAAAGGUUUCAGCAAAGAAAUGGUGCGAGAAGCGCGCGAAACACACAAGUUGAAUCCACGUCAGUGUCGGCGCGUCUAUGAAAUACUCCGCCUUUAUUAUACGAAUGUAAACGAUAAAAAUGACUAUUAUGCCUACCGCUUGGAUGUGAAGCGACGUUUGAAUGCUAUACAUUAUAAGCAGUUGAAUGAUAUCAAGAAAAUGGAAAAGGCAAAUGUGGAUACCGAAUGGUUGAGAGCGCGCUUGCCUACACAAAGUCAACGCAUCGAACAAUUACAAGAGGAGUAUGAGCAAGUAGAGAGUGCUUAUAGGCAGAUUGUUGAAAAGCUGCGUGCGAAUUAGAGUUACAUAAUAUUUGUGUUUUAUUAUUCAUUUUAUUGUCAAUGUUGAUAUCAAUCAGUUAAUUGUCCAACAUGUCCUUCAUUUUGGUAACACACUCACUUUUUUAUGUAAUAAAAUUUAAAUUAUUGAAAGUAAACAUGUUAAA